AAUUUCUAGGGUUUUGAAAAGUCACUCUCGUCGCCGUUCCUUCUUCCCGCUGUGAGCAAUCGGCGAAAUGGGUCACUCCAAUGUCUGGAAUUCUCAUCCAAAGAAGUAUGGCCCUGGAUCUCGUUUAUGCCGUGUGUGCGGGAACUCCCACGGGCUGAUCAGGAAGUAUGGAUUGAACUGUUGCAGACAGUGUUUCCGCAGCAACGCUAAGGAGAUCGGAUUCAUCAAGUACCGUUAAUGAAGCAGCAGUUCUUGAUUCAUGAUUAUAAUAUGUCGAUGAAUUGCCUUUGAACUUUACGAGUUUGUUGAUUUUAAUGAAGAAGAACGUUUCAAGUUGUUGCAUUUUUUUCUAAAGCUUAUGUCUUAUUUGGAACAAUGAUAUUUGGUUUUGAUUAAGAAUUUGCUUGUUAAUAUCGAUCAUUUUGGAAUAAUAAUCUUCUGGCAAUCAAUAUGAUCUUGGAAU